AUGAACUCACCAUUGGACAGAGAUGUGGAUAUCAUGGUAGAGGAGCCUCAGCCUCUAGAUCACUACAUACGGGAGGGGCUGAAGCAGUUGCACCAGGAACAACUUCUCUGUGAUGCAACCAUUGUGGCCAAGGGUGAGCGCUUUCCUUGUCACAGGAUGCUCCUUGCUGCCAUCAAUCCAUACUUCCGAGCCAUGUUCUCCAACGCAUUCCGAGAGUCUCAGGAUGGAGAGGUUCUGCUGCAGGACAUGGAUCCCGCCGUUAUCCAAGUGGUGGUGAACUAUUACUACACAGAAGAGAUCGCCCUGGUGCCAGAGAUGGCCCAAGACCUGUUCGUAGCAGCUAGCCGGUUCCAGAUCAUUCCGUUGCUGGAGAGCUGCUCCAGAUACCUCCUGGAACACCUUGCUCCCGAGAACUGCCUCAGCCUCUAUGAACUGGGCUACGCACACAGCGAUCUGGCUCUGCUCCAAGAAGCCAAGAGUCUGGUCAACCAGCACUUCCGACGCCUCUCCCAGGACGACAAGAGCUUCCUCGACUUGAGCCCCAGCACCUUGGUUAGCAUCCUCUCCUCGGACAGCCUGGCCGUGUCCUCAGAGAUGGCCGUCUACCGUGCGGUGUGGCGCUGGGUGAAGGCCCAGAGCGCCAGCCGCCUCCCCUUCCUCGGGGAGCUGCUCUCCUGCGUGCGCUUCCCGCUCCUCACCCAGGAGGAGCUGAAGGAGGUCCAGGCUGAAAUGGCGCGCUACCGGGACCUCCGUCCGCGCUGGAAGCGCCUCAACCGCCAGGAGAGGCUGCAGGAGAGCCACGGCCUGAGGCGGGGCAUGUACACCUCCUGCAUCGUGUGUGUGGACCUCUUCAACAUGGAAGGCCCAGAGCUGAAAACCAAGGACUUCCAGGUCGGCUGUUACGACCCGCAAACCGAAACGUGGGAAAAGCUGCCCCUUUUGAAAUGCCUGUACUGCGCCCGCUGCGUGGCCGUGGAAGACAAGCUGUAUGUCACGGGAGGGGUCCACACGGACGACACCUAUUCAGACACGCUGCACGAAUACAGCCCCUUGAGGGGCCGCUGGACUCAGCUCCCUUCCAUGUCCGUGGCCCGGGCCUCCCACGGCUUCCUCGCCUGCAACGAGAAGCUCUUUGCCAUUGGAGGCUGGUGCAAAUACGAGGAUUACCUGGACACGGCGGAGAGCUUCGAUUUGGCGGAGAGGUCCUGGGCUCCCAUCGCCUCGAUGCCCUUCGCCCUCAGCCAUUUUGCCUCCGCGGUGCUGAAGAACAAACUCUACGUCGUCGGUGGCGUCACGGAUUCCGUGGGCUCGUGGUACGCCUCCCGCAAAGUCCUGAUCUACGAAGUCAUCGCAGACCUGUGGAGCCAAGUGUUCCUAGACAAGGAGAGCUACUGGUCUGGGGCCGUGGCUAUGAACAACGGGAUCUACGUGGUCGGAGGCUACUUCCGCAGCCGGGUGAGACACCACAACGAGCGAUGGCCGGAUGCGGGGAACCUGCACUGCACCCGGAGGUGCUUUUUCCUGGGGGAGGAUGGCAGAGUGGACAAGAGCGUCGCGAUCCCCAGGCUGCCGAUAGAGCUGGCAGGAGCCGGCGUGGUGCGCUGGAAGCACCGGAUCUAUGUGCUGGGUGGAGAAAACACCUAUUUGUAUAAUAACUUGGAAGGGGAGAAUGAAGAGGAAUAUUACAACACCGUUUACUACUGGGAGCCGGGGGCCACUAAGUGGAUUCAGUGCCAGGAAAGGCUUCCUUUUACCAGCUGGGGGCUCAGUGGCUUUGGGUGCACGGCAAUGAAGAUGCCCAAGAAACCCAUCCUGGAGCUUUUCCGAAAGACGUCCGUUGCCUUGACUGCCAUAGAGGUGGUGAACUCCUAG